UCCUCUCACCUAGGGUUUUACCGCAACUCUUCUCGGACUCCUCCAUAACUAGCUACAAGCAGCCCCAUCCCCCAGUCCCCGCCGCUCCUCACCACCAAUCAGAAAAUGGUUAAGGGACGCCAAGGAGAGCGCGUCAGGCAUUACGUGAGAGGAACUAUAUUGGGGUACAAGAGGUCGCAGUCCAACCAAUACCCGAACACUUCGUUGAUUCAGAUCGAAGGAGUGAACACAAAGGAGGAGGUGGCUUGGUACCUCGGCAAGAAGAUGGCGUACAUCUACAAGGCUAAGGUUAAGAAGAAUGGAUCUCAUUACCGCUGCAUUUGGGGAAAGGUUUGCAGGCCUCACGGUAACAUGGAGAAGUUUUUCAUGAGAACAGUUUGUGUGGUUACUGAUGAACAUGACCAAAAAAUGUUGGUGGAGAGAGAGCGAGCAAGAUGCGGAUCUGAAGACUAUACAGAGGAUGUCAAUCAUGCUUAAAAUUGUUUGUGUUACACAAUUCAUCCAAAAUAUGGCUGUUAGAUAUGCAGAAUUGAUGGAGACUUGUGUGCACAACAUGUGGGGGGUGAAAGGGACAGAUUUUGUUAAUUUUCAUAAGGCGACUUGAUUUGUUAAGUAAUAUCCCCUCCACAUUUCAGGAAGCAUGUUAGAAAAGAUGGCACUGUGGCUAGUUUCCAAGUAUAUUGAAACUUCCCCAGUAUAAGUUAUCCAAAGUUACUGCAGACACAGUUUAAAGCAAUUUUGUUGUUCGGCGCAGAUUUAUCCUAAUUUAAUAUAAUGAGUUAGAUUAGCAUUCAAUAGCUUUAAGUUGACUUCUUUUUGGACACAGUUUGAUGUUCUGCUGUUGGGGCACUGAUGUGUAAUGUUUAGACUUGAGGAGGGUUUCUCAUAUGCAUGUAUGCUACAUUUUCCAUGUUUGACCUGUUCCAUCUGGCUAUGACUAGAUUUUUGCAA